ACCGUCUUCUCUUAACCGCAACUCUUCACUUACACUUUCCCUUUAGCAAAAAAAAAAAAAAAAAUGUCUCUCACAAAAUUCUCAGUGUCUCUCCUUCUAGUACUCUCCCUAAUCUCCACCCUCUCUACCGCCCAAAACAACCCCACCAUCUCUCCUCCCGGCGCCGCCAUCUCUCCUCCCGGCUCCGCCAUCUCUCCUCCCGGCGCCGCCAUCUAUCCUCCCGGCGCCACCAUCUCUCCUCCCGGUGGCGGCGUCUCUCCUCCCGGUGGCGGCGUCUCUCCUCCGGGUGGCGGCGUCUCUUCUCCCGGUGGCGGCGCUGGAGGUGGUUCUGUUCCCUCAGGCGGCGGCGUAGGGGCGGCAGUGGAGUUGUGGUGUGUAGCGAAGAAUAAUGCAGAGGAUAAAGCUCUAAAAUCAGCGAUUGAUUGGGCUUGUGGGGCUGGAGGUGCUGAUUGUGGGCCUGUACAGCCUGGUGGACCAUGUUAUGAUUCUUCCGAUAUUCAGAAAACGGCGUCGUGGGUGUUUAAUGAUUAUUUCCUUAAACAUGGAAUGACUCAGGAUGCUUGUAGUUUUGAUAAUACCGCUGCUCUCAUUUCUAUUAAUCCCAGUCAUAAUGGAUGUAAAUUUCCAUCGAGCAAGAACUCGAGUGGAAGAUUUAGUGGGUCCACGAAUGUGGGAUUAGGUCCAGCCUCGCAAGAUUUGAGUAGCGGUAGUUCUAUUCUCAGGAGGUGGAUCUGUAUCUUGAUGGCAAUCAAUGUGCUGUUUGCGAGUCUGCUGAUUUUCUGAUGACACAAGAAUCUUCGUCUCAUUCCCACUGUAUGUAGGUUGUAGUAGCGUAAACAAUUUUGUUGACAGCUCAAAAGCUCCAGGUAUUUGAUGUUGGUUCCAUGGGCUCUCUAAAAUCAUAGGGACCAGAAUUGAAGAAAUAUCCUGAUGAUAAUUCUUCUUAUUUUAUUUUCCAAUCAUGUGGUAUGUAAUUCUAUAUUUAGAAAUGCAACUUUUUCCUUGAUUGCAAGCCUGAACUAUUAUUGUAAGUCGAGUGCUGAUAUUAUAAAUCAGUUGCUACAUAGUCUGCCUUUUGCUUC